CGAGACCUCCCCUCCUCGGGCGGCACCUGGACUCCGGCCUCGGGGCUAAAGUUCCCCGCCGAGGCGGAGGGCGGCGAGAGAGCGGCGGUGGCGGCGGCGGGGCGCUGAAGGCCGGGUUGGGCAGCAGCGCUGAGAGUCGCAAAGGAGCAAUGGCGGCGGCCGAGGAGAGCAACCUGUCGGUGGUGGUGCACAAAGCCGGCGACUUGCGCUUGGAAAACCGGCCGGUACCUGAACCAGGUCCCAACGAGGUGCUUUUGAAGAUGCAUUCUGUCGGAAUCUGCGGUUCCGAUGUACACUAUUGGCAGCGUGGGCGGAUCGGGGACUUUGUGGUGAAGAGCCCAAUGGUGGUGGGCCACGAGGCGUCAGGAACCGUUGUCAAAGUGGGCUCUUCUGUAACCACGCUGAAGAAAGGUGACCGAGUAGCCAUAGAGCCUGGGGUUCCCCGAGAAAAAGACGAGUUUUGCAAAACUGGGCGGUACAACCUGUCUCCAUCCAUCUUUUUCUGCGCAACUCCCCCCGAUGAUGGGAACUUGUGCCGUUAUUACACGCACGAUGCCAACUUUUGCUACAAGCUUCCAGAAAAUGUCACCUUUGAGGAGGGCGCUCUGAUUGAGCCUCUGUCCGUGGGAAUCCAUGCCUGCAGAAGAGCUGGGGUGACCCUUGGAAGCAAAGUCUUCAUUUGUGGUGCUGGACCGAUUGGACUUGUGACUUUGCUUAUCGCUAAAGUCAUGGGAGCUUCACAAGCGGUGAUCACCGAUUUAUCUGCUUCCCGCCUGGAAAAGGCUAAGGAACUCGGGGCCGACUGCACUGUCAAGGUUCAGAAUGAGAGCCCUCGAGAGUUGGCAGAUAAGGUGAAAGACAUGCUUGGUUGCAUGCCUGAGAUAACGAUGGAGUGCAGCGGGGCUGAGCCCUCCAUUCAGGCAGCGAUAUAUGCAACCCGUUCUGGAGGGACAGUGGUUCUGGUCGGGAUGGGUCCCGAAAUGGUCACUGUGCCCCUGGUGAGCGCAGCUGUGCGGGAAGUGGACAUCAAAGGGAUCUUUCGAUACUGCAACACGUGGCCUAUGGCAAUCGCCAUGCUUGCGUCUAAGAAAGUGAACGUCCAGCCAUUGGUGACUCAUCGUUUCCCUUUGGAAAAGGCUCUGGAAGCUUUUGAGACCACCAAAAAGUGCAUCGGGAUAAAAGUCAUGCUGAAGUGCGACCCCAGUGACCAGAAUCCUUGAAAAAUCAGAAGGCAACGUCCCGGUCCCUGUCUGUUCUUACAAGGACAGAGUACACCAAAGGCGAGACUUUACUGUUUAAGGGCUUUUCCCCACCUUAAAAUUGCCAGAAAUGUGAAAAAUUAUAUGGGAGGUAAUCAGUCCAAAUUUUCAAACUUUUUAGUCUUGAGUGGAUGUUGAAAUCAGUAGAAGGUACUUAACAAUGACCGACAUGGAACAGAAAUACAUCGAAGAAUUGCUCGAUUCAACUCUUGCUGGGCUGUACCACUUCAGGUGGUGUGGGGAGCAGCAAUCGGUGUGAGCAUCCCUCAAAAUAACAGACAUGUACCCUGGCAUGUACCAAACAAA